AUGAAAUUUAUUACUGUGUUCGUUUUUUCAUUGGCUUUUGUGGCUUUAGCUCAGGCUGGCGUAUAUACUGAAAGAUCGUUUCGUGAUGACAAACAUCCGGGCAAAUGUGUUAUCCAAGGCAAAGUUGUGAAUCCUGGCCAAAGUAUUAAACAUCCAACCAUGGAUUGUGCUGAAUUCAGCUGUGACAAUGCCAAUGGCAUGGCAACAAUUGAAACCUGUGAUCCGGUAUCUGCUUUAGCCUCACCUUUGGGAAAACUAAAAGAUUAUGACCGUGCAAAUCCACCCACAUGCAAAUGGGGCGAUUUUAAAGAUAUAAAGGCGCCAUUUCCGCAAUGUUGUGAACGUCAUAUUACUUGUGUGUUUUAGGCGUGAA